AUGCCGCCACAUCUACAUCCCCGGUCGCGAUCGACCACCUCUCUGUUCGCCGCCACCCUUCUAGCUUCCCUCUUCGUCGUCGGCAUGCCGCAUCUUUUCCCAUGUCCCGCCCCACGUCGCACUCUGGCCGAUUCCGAGAUGAUGCUCAACGAGGAUGGACAACCAAUUCAGAGACUUCGACGAAGGAGAAGGAAAGAUACACCACCCGGCAUGGAGGAAAACACGCUCUCUCAUACACCACAAACUUCGGACGACGAAGUAUCGACAUUCCUACAACUGGAAGAAGAAGCAAAGAGACUAGCCAUGACUGGCAGAGAGUGCCCUGUUCCAAAGCCUCGUGGUGUUUUAGGAGAAUUGCUAGGCUUCUCCUCUCAAAAGGAUGUACAGUGGCAACAGCUUCCGGGGAGCGGGCGUCAACGAUCGGUUGUCUCGGGACAGGAGAAUCUGUGA